CGGGCGGCUUGGCGGGAAGCGGCCGAGAGGGGCUUGCGGGGCGGCGGUGACGUCACGCGCUCGGCUCAGCGGCUGCCGGGCCGAACGGAGCCGGACGGGGCCGAACAGGGCCGAGCGGAGCCGAAGAGAGCCGAGCGCAGCCGGGGCCAUGCAGGCCUUCCUGAAGGGCCCCUCCGCCAUCAGCACCAAGCCCCCGGCCGCCAGGGAGAGGGGCGCGGCGGGGAGCAGCGGCGAGGGCAAGAAGCCCCGGCCCGUGCCCUGGGUGGAGAAAUAUCGCCCCAAGAACGUGGAUGAAGUUGCCUUCCAGGAUGAAGUCGUUGCUGUGCUGAAAAAGUCCUUGGAAGGUGCCGAUCUUCCCAAUCUGUUGUUCUAUGGCCCACCUGGAACUGGAAAGACUUCCACUAUUUUAGCAGCUGCUAGAGAACUCUAUGGCCCUGAAUUAUUCCGACAAAGAGUCCUUGAGUUAAAUGCCUCUGAUGAGCGUGGAAUACAAGUGAUCCGGGAAAAAGUGAAGGCUUUUGCUCAGCUAACAGCAUCUGGAAGUCGUUCAGAUGGUAAAGCUUGUCCUCCUUUCAAGAUUGUAAUCCUGGAUGAAGCAGACUCUAUGACUUCAGCAGCCCAGGCAGCCUUAAGACGCACAAUGGAAAAAGAAUCUAAAACAACACGUUUCUGCCUCAUUUGUAACUACAUCAGUAGAAUAAUUGAACCUUUAACGUCUCGAUGCUCCAAAUUCCGCUUCAAACCUUUGUCAGACAAAAUCCAGCAGCAGAGGCUAUUGGAUGUUGCUGAGAAGGAAAAUGUGAAAAUCAGUAGUGAGGCAGUGUCUUACCUUGUUAAAGUGUCAGAAGGGGACUUAAGAAAAGCCAUUACUUUUCUUCAAAGUGCCACUCGCUUAAUGGGAGGGAAGGAGAUCACAGAGAGCAUAGUCACGGAAAUUGCUGGGGUCAUCCCUAAGGAGACAAUGGAUGGACUGCUGUCUGCCUGCCAGAGUGGUUCAUUUGAGAGACUGGAAACAGUGGCAAAGAACCUCAUAAAUGAAGGGUAUGCUGUUGGUCAGCUUGUAAACCAGCUUCAUGAUAUUGUUGUGGAGAGCGACGAUUUCAGUGACAAGCAGAAAUCGAUCAUAGUUGAGAAGCUUGCAGAAGUGGACAAAUGCCUGGCAGACGGUGCUGAUGAAUACUUGCAGCUGAUGAGUCUCUGUGCCCUUGUGAUGCAGCAGCUAACGCAGAACACCUAACUCCUCCAGCAGGAGCUGGCAGCAGCUUGGAGCUAUUUUGGGGUGGCUGUGCUUCUGCUAGCAGGGACCUGUGUACUCUUUUUGUAUAGUUUUUGCAAUAAAAUUACUGCUUAGCAGGAUAAAAUGCU